AAGUGACCAUAGAGAAGGAGCGGCUAGGAAUCCGGAAACACUGGGCGUGUUGGCUUCGGGUUAGGCAAGGACCUGGCGGAUUCCACCCGGUGACAACGAGUCGCAGAGCCUGUGAAGGAAGCCGACGGGAACAGGGAGAAUAAGAAUCUUAUAGAUUUUUCUGUGGAAGUCUUGGUGUGCUUUUUUAUUAAGAAAAAAUGACUACUCUGGCAAGUGUAGAAACCAAAGGGAAAAAUUGGAUUCUGAAAGAUGAGCUACCAGUCAUCCUUACUUCAGCCCCAAUCCGAGGAGCAGGAGAUGGAAUGGAAACUGAGGAGCCACCUAAGUCUGUUGAAGUCAUCUCUAGAGUCCAAUCCGUGAAACAUCACAUCCUUCAGAGUCCACGAAAGAAAGCAGUUCCCUCGGAGAGCCCAGGAGUUCUUCAGCUAGGGAAGAUUGUCACUGAAAAGGCAGUGGAAGUUGAAGCUGUACGAAUAUUUGUUCCCAAAGCUGCUAUAACUCAUGACAUCCCCAACAAAGCAAAAGUUAAAUCUCUGGGAUAUCAUAAAGGAGAACUCCUUGGUCAUUCAGAGGGAGUUACAGAACCUAGAAAAGAACUCUCAGGGGUAAAGAAUAUGUUGGAAAAACUCAAGAACUCUGAAAAGAGGUUACUGCAGGAUAUAGAAGGUCUUUCAAACCAGCUCCGGGUGCAGACAGAGGUAAAUCGUGAGUUAAAAAAGUUGCUGGUGGCUUCUGUUGGGGAUGAUCUUCAGUAUCACUUUGAACGUUUAGCCCGUGAGAAGAAUCAGCUUAUUUUAGAAAAUGAAGCUCUGAGUCGAAACACAGCUCAGCUCUCCGAACAAUUAGAACGUAUGUCAAUACAGUGUGAUGUGUGGCGAAGUAAAUUCCUCGCAAGCAGGGUAAUGGCAGAUGAGCUAACCAAUUCCAAAGCAGUUCUACAGCGUCAAAACCGGGAUGCACAAAGUGCUAUACAAGACCUCCUGAGUGAACGGGAGCAGUUCCGUCAGGAAAUGGUAGCUGCCCAGAAACUUUUGGAGGAGCUCUUGAUUUCCUUACAGUGGGGAAGAGAGCAAACUUACUUCCCUAGUGCCCAGCCCCACAGCACAGCAGAACUGGCAUUAACAAAUCACAACUUAGCAAAGGCAGUACAUUCUCAUCUUCUGGGAAAUGUUCGCAUCAGCAGUCAAAAGAAGAUCCCAUCAGCAGUUGAAUUCUGCAGCACGCCAGCUGAGAAGAUGGCUGAAAAGGUUCUGCGCAUUCUGGAUCCAGUUACCUGUACAGAAAGCUCAGCUGACAGUCCAUUUCCUGAGUCUUCAACAACCACAUUGCUUGCUACAAAGAAAAAUAUUGGGCGAUUUCAUCCAUAUACUAGAUACGAGAAUAUAACUUUCAAUUGCUGCAGUCACUGCCAAGGAGAAUUAAUUGCACUUUAACAUUCAAUAUGUUGGAGACGUAUUUGUUACUGAAGAAUCAUUAUUACUUGGGGACUGGGAUCCCUAGGAUGCUAAAAGUAGUAUCAUUUCCUCUACAUUAUGAGUAUUCACAGAAGUAUUUCAUGUACUGGACUCCACAUUACACUGUCUUAAUAAAUAUCUCAGGUAAGAAAACAGUGAAACUAUAUUCAUAUAUUUAGAGCAAAGAAUAAUUUCCAGGCAGUACACAGGAACUUUUUUUGGACCCUAAAUUAUUAUUUUAUCUUGUUGGAUAUUUUAUUUGGACUAGUUUCAUUUUGGUACACUAAAGGCAGAAACACGCAUGAGUCAAAUACACUGCUGUUCAAUCUGUUUUUGCAUUGCAACAGCUAAGUCGACUAAAUGCAGCAGAGUUUUUUGGCCUAUAAAGCUUUGAAAAGGUUUUUCUGACCCCCACUGUGUCCACUAUAAGGGAACAGCUGAAGGGGAAGAAAUAGAUUAUGUUCCUUUUUUUGUUUUCUUUUUUGGUACCAGGGAUCGAACUCACAACUGCAUGCUUGCAAGUCAGGCGCUUAUGCUGGGAGCUAAAUCCCUGGCCAGUUGUGUUCCUUUUAUGGCAAUUUUUUGGACUUACAAAAAUUCUAAGGGUGAAGAGACUAAUCUUGUAAAAUUAAAUGCUAUAAAGAAAAUAAAUAUUUCAGAGCUAAAUUAGUAAAUCCAUAAACAAAAUAUGUUCUCAAGUUGCUUCUUUAAAAGGGAGCCUGUAUUUUGAAUAGGUACAAUCUAACUUAUUUAAAAGAAACAAAAUUCUUAGCUAUUGAUUCAUUAUGGCAAACAACUCAAAACAGGAAUAUCCAAUUUAGUAUUUACAGUGUAUGGUAGAGAAAGUAGAAUCAGGAAUAUUAACUCAAAAUUUCAUCAAUUAAUAUAUUACAUAAUAUAUAUUAAUUAUGUGAUGAGCCAUUGUAAAAUGCCCAUUUUUUGUCCUUUUAAAAUAUUCAUGAAGUACUUAUGUUGAAUUACACAAAUUAUUUGAAAUGGCAAUCAGAGAAAUCUUCAAAAGAUAAAUCAAAUACUAAUAUAUUUUAAUGUUAUCUUAAAGUUCUUUUUUGUUUUGGUCUGAAUCAUGCAAUAAAUUUCUCUAUUUUGAAUA